ACUUCAGAGUCUGAAAGAAAUUGUGGGCGUGGAAUAUUUGACUACACUUAACCACCCAUUUUAUGAGAACCCAUUCCCUAGAACGAGAACCUUCUGAGCUGCGAUAUUGAUAGGCUACCAUAUUAAGACAUUUAAAAUAAAAAAAAUAUAUACAUUUCCCCAGAGUGGGUAAAAAGUAACCUGUAAGUAGCCUAUCCCAACGUGUCAAAUUUAAUAGUGUGCUUUUACCUGAACAGUGCUGCGGUCCAUAACAUUAUUAUUAACCCGGAUUCCGGUUACAAGAUUGGAAGUGGAGAUGUUGGGAAAACAUUUUCUCUGGGUUUGUCUCCUUUCGGUGUCUAUUCCGUUAUGUUUCGCCGAAGACCUGAAGAGGGAUGCGCAUGUACAGCAUGAAAAUGAUUCAGUUUGGAGCCAAGGGAAACCCGCAAGACUGUUUGCCAGGAGAUGGAUUUUGCCACAUCAGGGACAGCACCACGUUACAUUUCAGAAACACGAGCCUGCAGCCCCUGCCCGGCGGUGUGGUCGUCUGAUGGAUAGCUGUGCCCCUCACACCCCCUGCUGUGACCCCUGUGCCUCCUGCCGCUGUCGCCUCUUCAACACCAUCUGCCACUGCUGGAGACUGGGCCCACACUGCCCCAAGAAGACCUAGACAAACACACACACACACACACACACACACACACACACACACACACACACACACACACACACACACACACACACACACACACACACACACACACACACACACACACACACACACACAGCUUCACCAGAUACACACCACACACCAUACAUACACACCAUACAUACACACCACACACACUUCACACACACACACUUCCCAUACACACACACACCACACACACACACACACACACAUACCGCUUCAACACACACACACACUCACACACACACCACUUCACCACAUACACACCACACACACCACACACCAUACACAACUCUUCACCACGUAUACACACACGACUGCCACUGUUGGAAACUGGGCCAGCACUGCCCCAAGAGGAACCAGAGACUAUGUACAGGCAAACACACACACUCACACAUCUCACAGAGACUGCUAGACAUCACACUGAUGCACUUGCACAGGUAAACACAUACUGAUACAAAAACAUGGACAUACUACACAGAUAUAUGCUUAAAUGUUUUGGAUCUAAUGAAUGACACAUCACAUAUCGCAAAGCCCACAAUAUACACAAUAUAGGUUCAAUGACACAUCAUAUAUCGCAAGGCCCACAAUAUAGGUUCAAUGACACAUCACAUAUCGCAAGGCCCACAAUAUAGGUUCAAUGAUACAUCACAUAUCACAAGGCCCACAAUAUAGGUUCAAUGAUACAUCACAUAUCGCAAGGCCCACAAUAUAGGUUCAAUGACACAUCACGUAUCGCAAGGCCCACAAUAUUUUCUAUGUAUGUAUAUAAACGAUGUAUGGAUGUGUUGUGGAUAUGUAACAGUAUACGUUUCCUGCAUAACUGUACUAAUUCUGCUUUUGUAUAACUGUGCACCUCUGCUACUGUAGAUUGUAGGUCAUGUCGCGCCAAUGCUAACCCAUAAAAACAUCAAAUAACUUCGACAAACAGCCUCUCUAUAUUUUCUCUAUUGAAUAAAUAACUUUGUUAGCCUCA